AUGAAUAUAUUACUCGCCAAAAACGGAAUCAAGCGAGGCCCAUCAUAUCAAUGUCUUAUUUUCCUUGGUUAUCUAUCUAUCUAUCUAUCUAUCUAUCUAUCUAUCUCAUUCUGUUCAUAUCUCAUGCUUAAUUUGUUUAUCUAUCUAUCUAUCUAUCUAUCUAUCUAUCUAUCUCCGACUGUAUGUAUGUAUAUAUGUAUGUAUGUAUGUAUCUAUCUAAGUCUUUAUGUAUGUAUGUAUGUAUGUAUGUAUCUAUCUGAGUUUGUUUAUAUCUAUCUAUCUAUCUAUCUAUCUAUCUAUCUAUCUAUCUAUCUUAGUCUCUGUCUGUGUGUCUAUCUAUCUAUAUUUGCUUAUUCAUUAUUUAUUCAGUCUGUCCAUUUCUAUAUCUCUGUUCAUCUCUCUUUUUCUUUUCUCACUCUCUCUGUAUAUCUGUCUAAUAUCGUUCACCCCUCUUUAAUUACCCUGAUAUAUUUGUGCGUGUAA